CUGAGCGACAGCUGCAGUCGACACAAGUCUGUUUUCUCUGAAGGAAAACUAAACUGAGUCCAUCAGGUUUUUCUCAACAAAACAGCAGAGUCGGAUCCAAACACUGUGUGUUGACAUGUCUGCUGCCAGCUGUCUGCUGACUGAGGAUCAGUUUCUGUGCUCCAUCUGUCUGGAUGUGUUCACUGAUCCAGUCACCUCACCAUGUGGACACAACUUCUGUAACAAAUGCAUCACUGGACACUGGGAUGUUAAUGUCCAGUGCCAGUGUCCCAUCUGUAAACGACGUUACAACACAAGACCUGAGCUGCAUGUAAACACUUUCAUCUCUGAGAUGGCUGCUCAGUUCAGACAGUCAGUUCAACAGAAAACCAGCAGCAGCAGCUCAGAGCAACAAGCUGCCAAACCAGGAGAAGUUCCCUGUGACGUCUGCACUGGAACCAAACUGAAGGCCCUGAAGUCCUGCCUGGUUUGUCUGGUCUCCUACUGUGAGACUCACCUGGAGCCUCAUCUGACAGUGUCAGGCCUGAAAAGACAUCAGCUGAUCGACCCUGUGGAAAACCUGGAAGGCAGAGUGUGUACGAAUCAUGAUAAACUGCUGGAGCUGUUCUGUAAGACCGACCAGAUGUGUGUCUGCACGCUUUGCACCUAUUCAGACCACAAGGCUCAUGAUGUUGUUCCUCUGAAAGAAGAAUAUGAAGGAAAGAAGGCUGAGCUGAAGGAGACAGAGGCUGAAAUUCAGCAGAUGAUCCAGAAGAGACGACUGAAGCUUCAGGAGAUCAAACGCUCAGUGGAGCUCAGUAAAGAACGAGCAGACAGAGAAACAGCAGAAGGUGUUCAGGUCUUCACUGCUCUGAAGGAGUCUGUUGAGAGAGGCCAGGCUGAAUUCAUCAGGACGAUCAAAGAGAAGCAGAGAACAACAGAGAAACAGGCUGAAGACUUCAUCAAAGAGCUGGAGCAGGAAAUCUCUGAGCUGAAGAAGAGAAGCAGUGAGGUGGAGCAGCUCUCAGUCUCUGAAGAUCACCUCCACCUGAUCCAAAGCUUCUCAUCCCUGAACACUGCUCCACCCACCAAGGACUGGACAGAGGUCAGUGUUAGUUCUCCAUCACAUGAGGGGACUGUGGUGAGAGCUGUGAUUCAGCUGGAGCAGACGCUCAGUAAACAGACAAAGAACAUUUUUGAGACUGAGCUGAAGAGGGUCCAGCAGUAUGCAGUGGACGUGUUACUGGAUCCUGAUAUAGUCCAUCCCAAACCCACCCAGUCUAAUCCUAGACAAAAGGUAAAUGAGCGUUAUGUCUGUAGAUGUGUCUUAUCAAAGCAGGGUUUCACUUCCGGAAUAUUUUACUUUGAGGUUCAGGUUAGCAGGUGGUCUACAUGGACUUUAGGAGUGACCACAGAGUCCAACGUGAAGGGACGAAUCACACUGAGCCCCAAGAAUGGUUUCUGGACUGUAUGUUUGAAGCGGCGAGGAUGGUACUUUGCUCCUGCUGAACCAUCUGUCCUUCUCCCUCUGAAGUCUCAGCCUGAGAAGGUGGGGGUGUUUGUGGAUUAUGAGGAGGGUCUGGUCUCCUUUCAUGAUGUUGAUACUGCAGCUCUUAUCUACUCUUUUACUGGCUGUUCCUUCACUGACAAACUCCACCCAUUUUUCAGUCCCUGCCUGAAUGAUGGUGUUGCGAUCCACACCAGGGACAUCGAGUGUCAAAUAACGUGAAAGUAAAAUUAUGAAUCACUGGUAAUCACUCAUUCUUUGGUUUAUUACUCAUUUUGAUAUUACCAUGGAUUUUUCAGAACAGAGCUUCUACCUAUAUUUGCUGGAAUUGGAGUAACUGAGGAAUGUGAAAAAUGAAUUGCCUUCCAGAUGUUUGAAUAUGCCAGCAUGUAUAUCUACCAAUGUGGCAUACAUUACAUUAGUGCCUGCUCAGUCAAUUAGGCUUUUUCCCAUUGGUCAAUAUUAUGUUGUUUGUUGAGCAAAUGGCCAAUCAUGUUCUAGUCUAUUGUCUCCGGGAAAUGCAUUAAAGGUGAAACUUUGUCUUUCUUUUCUGAGUUACAUCCUUUUGGCUCCUGUAAAGAAUAUGUGUCCCACUGUACACUGUAUUUUUCUAAUCCUCAACCCACCAGGGUCUUGUGUGCCUAUUGUGUUCAGAGUGAUUAUCAGCAGUUUCUCUAACAAUAACAAUGAGUAGAAACAUUAGAUUUCAUUAGAAAAGAAAAUUCAGCGUCAUAUAACGUCACAUAUAUCAUCUUUUUUAUGCUAUUUUAAACACUUUUCUAUAUCAUAUUCCUUCUGCUCCUUCUGUUGGAAAUAAUCUGUGAUAACGGAUCCUAUCUAGUGCAGUCUAAUUGUCUCUAUAAAGUAAAAUCACUGCAUUAAAAACUGUUAAAACAUUAAAAGAAUGUGGAGAAAAGAGAUUUAGCUGAAAUCCUUAUAUUUCUGGGUAAUGAACUUAAACUAUUGAUGUUUGUAUGCUUAAAAGGUGUUGGAUUCUCAAACAAAAUCCAAAAUGCUUUUUUUCUGAUGUUGUCUCCAAUAAAGAAAACGUAAUUCCA